UGUCUGCCUCCUUCCGAUGGAGCCUCCUGGCCCCUCCCACCUCUCACCAGCUUUACCCUUUAGUCGGAAUGAAAUGUGGAUUUCAUGGAAUGAAAUGGUGGCAUUUAGCUAUCACCUUACUCAGAUGUGUCACUGACACCUUACAAAAGUACAUACUUCUAGCCUCUAGCCUCUCAGUUCACUGGAUAUUAGAGUCUAUCUUGGUAUUGGCAGCAAUUCUAUGCCACUUAGCUAGUAUAAUUUGAUUCUUUGUAUACUAUCUGGAGUACAAGGCAGAAGAAUGCUGAUGGAAUACGUAAUUUUACUCCAACAAAGGAAUGGCUGAUAGGUAAACAGUAUCACCUCAUCGGUAAGAAAAACUAAAUAUGGAAAGCCACAGGAUUGAAGCUAGCAGUGAUGGAGAAGGAUCCCAGUGUGAAUAUAUAGAAUGGAAGUACUUCAGUAAAGAGCCAGGCAUGGUAGUCACUUACCAAGAAAGUGACUUCAUUUCAUUUUGGCAGCCUAAAGUAUAUCCUGGCAGCUGCGCUGUAUGUGUGAAGUGCAUAGGAAAAUGCUGCAGGAAAAAUCCAUGGAGGCAAUGGAAUAGGAUUUCAGGGUUGAAGCCUGGGUGUCUUGUUUUAGGGAGUGGGAUCAUCCAGCUCUGAGAGGCAUGGCAUCUCGAUAUGAUGUCAUAUAAAGUGUGUACAAUUGGGAAUCAGACCUGGGCUUUGACUUUAGGGUCUGCCAGUCACUCUGUGUGACCUGUCUGAAUCUCAGUUUCUCUAUUUAUAAAAUAAGGAUAAUAGUGCCUGUGGCAUAGGAUUAUUGUAAUGACAAAAUGAGGUAGCAUAGAACUUAGUAUAAAGUACAUGCCACCUACCAAUUGAAUUGUGGAUGCUCUAUGCAUCGUAGGUCCGUCUAUAUUUAGGGAGCUUUAAGACAGGUACUCUACCAGGCCGGGCUCGGUGGCUCACGCCUGUAAUUUCAGCACUUUGGGAGGCUGAGGCGGUCGGAUCACAAGGUCAGGAGAUCGAGACCAUCCUGGCAAAUACAGUGAAACCCCGUCUCUACUAAAAAAAAAUACAAAAAAUUAGCUGGGCGUGGUCGUGGGCGCCUGUAGACCCAGCUACUCAGGAGGCUGAGGCAGGAGAAUGGCGUGAACCCGGGAGGCAGAGCUUGCAGUGAACCGAGAUCGCGCCACUGCACUCCAGCCUGGGCGACAGAGUGAGACUCCGUCUCAAAAAAAAAAAAAAAAAAAAAAGACAGGUACUCUACCAUGCCCACACAUUAGAAUCACCUUGGGAGCUUAAAAAAAUCCUAAUGCCCUGGCUUUUCCCUAUACCAAUUAAAUCAGAAUCUCUGCGAGUGGAGCCCAGACAUCAGUACUUUCUUAAAACUCUCCAUUUUGCAACUAAGGUUGAGAGCCACUGCUUUAAGAGUUCCCUCUAGGGCCAGGCACGGUGGCUCACGCCUGUAAUCCCAGCACUUUGGGAGGCCGAGGCGGGGGGAUCACGAGGUCAGGAGUUUGAGACCAGCCUGGCCAACAUGGUGAAACCCCGUCUCUACUAAAAAUACAAAAAUUAGCUGGGCAUGGUGGCACGCGCCUGUAAUCCCAACUACUCCGGAGGCUGAGGCAGGAGAAUUGCUUAAACCCAGGAGGCAGGGGUUGCAGUCAGCCGAGAUCGUGCCACUGCACUCCAGCCUAGGCGAUAGAGCAAGACUCCGUUUUGGAAAAUAUGUUUGGAGGAAUGAAGUUUAGAGCUUGAGACAGGCAGAUAAGUAGGGCAUCAUGAGCUGUAUUCAGGAGGAAGUCCACUGUAAUAAGAAUGGGGUUAACGUACUAAUUUGGGAAAGGUCAUUGAUAAAGCCAUUAGUAUAAUUGCCAGGAUACACAGGCUUAGCUGUAGAGAUAGAAGAGUUUCAGUCUCCCAAGCUGGUCUUUUGAUCUAGCACAGGCAACACAGACAAUGAUGUGUUUAUUGCAUUACACAUGGUGAAUCUUGGGCCAUCAGCAGGGCUGAUGGCAGUAGUGGGUUGGGGCGGAUCUUUACAACCUGCAAUACCUCAUUGGUUGGGGAGGGCAUCAAGGCAUGAUUGAAAUGUGGGUUCUUUUCCAAUGAGAGGCUGCUAUACAUGGGAAUGCAUGUGCAGCAGGGCAUUGAUAAUGAAGUGUUUUCCUGUGGCCUAUCAGGGUUGAUGUGGCUGCUCUGACCACACAAGUGGUUUUGUUAUUAUUAACAGAUGAGAAAGGUGAGGUUCAAGCCUGUCUUUGUAGCCUUUCAGGGAACACAGAAUCACUUGGAAUAGAAGUGGCAUGGUCAGCAAUUUUAGCUUCUAAGAGAUAAGUUACUUACUAGUAGGACAAUUCUGGUUUCUAGGUUUAUAAAUAAUUCAGAAGUUGAAAUCACCAUACUACUUUAAUUAUUGAAUAUAAGACAAAAAAGGUAGUGAUAAUGGCCAAGAAUAUCUUUUGCCACAUGAAGUUACCUGUCUUUAAUUGGGUUCCUUUCCUUGAAAAGCAGGCACACAUGAGUGACAGAGAAUCUUCCUGGGACCGAUAGGAAUGCUGGACAGGUUGGUCUCUGUCUUUAAAGGUUUUUAUGAGUUAGAGUGAGCCAGGACUAAAGCCAAAGACAAGUAAUGCUUCAGUUUCUUAAGGGCUUUUUCAGCUGCUGGAGACCAGUAGUACUUUUGCUCAGAAAGCAAAGGAGAAAGGGGCUUAAGCCCAGUUGGAGAAAAACAAAAACAAAAACAAAAACAAAAAACUAUAAUUAGGUCUUUUGUGCUUUGUGGAUAUCAAAUACCUGUUGGACAUUUUUCAGAAACUUUCAUAUUCUACCAGUAUGGGGUUCUGGUUCUAUAAAUGAGGAUAUCCAGUCCAUCUUUCUUUCUGCCUCUUUUUGGGAUGCAAGAAAUUAAAUUUGAGUCAGGCGCAGUAGCUCACGCCUGUAAUCCUAGCACUUUGGGAGACCAAAGCAGGAGGAUCGCUUGAGCCCAGGAGUUCAAGACCGGUCUGGGCAACAUGGCAAAACCCUGCCAUUAACCUGGCUAAUGUUACAAAAAAAAAAAAAGACAAGAGAAGCCAGCAGCGAGUCAUCACUGGACCUGACCAAUAUGACCACUCAAAGAGAGGAACAGACGUCAGCAGGGAAAAGCUAAAGGUCUUUCUGGAGUUAGGAAGCAGGCUGUGAGCCAAGGGGAAGGCAGAGGACAGAAAUGAAUGUGUUUCCAGGCUUUCCUGGUGGUUUAUGGCAUUCUCCAAACUCCUAUGCAAGGGCUAUUCCUGACAAAGAAGAUCUAAAGAGAACGUCUCUGAAAUCAAGUCCGGAUGAAGAAUUAAGAGAAAAAAAGUGAAUAUGGUUUUUGCUCACAGAAUGGAUAACAGCAAGCCACAUUUGAUUAUUCCUACACUUCUGGUGCCCCUCCAAAACCGCAGCUGCACUGAAACAGCCACACCUCUGCCAAGCCAAUACCUGGUGGAAUUAAGUGAGGAGCACAGGUGGAUGAGCAACCAAACAGACCUUCACUAUGUGCUGAAACCCGGGGAAGUGGCCACAGCCAGCAUCUUCUUUGGGAUUGUGUGGUUGUUUUCUAUCUUCGGCAAUUCCCUGGUUUGUUUGGUCAUCCAUAGGAGUAGGAGGACUCAGUCUACCACCAACUACUUUGUGGUCUCCAUGGCAUGUGCUGACCUUCUCAUCAGCGUUGCCAGCACGCCUUUCGUCCUGCUCCAGUUCACCACUGGAAGGUGGACGCUUGGUAGUGCAAUGUGCAAAGUUGUGCGAUAUUUUCAAUAUCUCACUCCAGGUGUCCAGAUCUACGUUCUCCUCUCCAUCUGCAUAGACCGGUUCUACACCAUUGUCUAUCCUCUGAGCUUCAAGGUGUCCAGAGAAAAAGCCAAGAAAAUGAUUGCAGCAUCAUGGAUCUUUGAUGCAGCCUUUGUGACCCCUGUGCUGUUUUUCUAUGGCUCCAACUGGGAUGGUCAUUGUAACUAUUUCCUCCCUUCCUCUUGGGAAGGCACUGCCUACACUGUCAUCCACUUCUUGGUGGGCUUUGUGAUUCCAUCUGUCCUCAUAAUUUUAUUUUACCAAAAGGUCAUAAAAUAUAUUUGGAGAAUAGGCACAGACGGCCGAACAGUGAGGAGGACAAUGAACAUUGUCCCUCGGACAAAAGUGAAAACUAUCAAGAUGUUCCUCAUUUUAAAUCUGUUAUUUUUGCUCUCCUGGCUGCCUUUUCACGUAGCUCAGCUGUGGCACCCCCAUGAACAAGACUAUAAGAAGAGUUCCCUUGUUUUCACAGCUAUCACAUGGAUAUCCUUUAGUUCUUCAGCCUCUAAACCUACUCUGUAUUCAAUUUAUAAUGCCAAUUUUCGGAGAGGGAUGAAAGAGACUUUUUGCAUGUCCUCUAUGAAAUGUUACCGAAGCAAUGCCUAUACUAUCACAACCAGUUCAAGGAUGGCCAAAAAAAACUACGUUGGCAUUUCAGAAAUCCCUUCCAUGGCCAAAACUAUUACCAAAGACUCGAUCUAUGACUCAUUUGACAGAGAAGCCAAGGAAAAAAAGCUUGCUUGGCCCAUUAACUCAAAUCCACCAAAUACUUUUGUCUAAGUUCUCAUUCUUUCAAUUGUUAUGCACCAGAGAUUAAAAAGCUUUAACUAUAAAAACAGAAGCUAUUUACAUAUUUGCUUUCACUCAACUUUCCAAGGGAAAUGUUUUAUUUUGUAAAAUGCAUUCAUUUGUUUAUUGUAGUUUUUGUGGGUUUUAUUUUACUUGCUUUUUAUGUUUUAGGAAAAGCGUUCACUUUGAGCUAUA